AUGCACAGAGUAAUCGCAAAUGUAUUUAUAUAUGGAUUAAAGGUCGGUGAUUCAGGGGUGGCAAGCAGGAUGGGUGGGAAAAUGGCUGGAUGGCGCAGCCCCAUUAAUACUACCUACCGCAAAGAAGUAGGAAUGUACAAGGAAGCUUCGUCUGCCAGUAAUUCUAUCACAAAUAUAAAUACUAGAUAG